AUGGAUAUCAACCAGGUGUUGGAGGGAACUUACGCUGCCGAUGCCAGUAUUCGUAACAGCGCAGAGCAGCAGCUUCAACAGGCUGCCGACUCCAACUUUCCGCAAUAUCUCACUGUCCUCGGUGGCGAACUCGCAAAUGAACAGGCCGCACCGCAAAUUCGGCAGGCCGCCGCGCUGGCCCUGAAGAACGCUUUCACCGCCCGCGAAUACGCCCGGUUACGUCAGGUCCAGGAGCGAUGGCUCGGCCUCGACCCCCAGAUCAAACAGCAGGUCAAGGCCAUGGCCCUCGGCACACUUGCUACCCCCAACAAGGGCGUAGGCUCGGCCGCUGCACAAUUCAUUGCCUCUGUCGCCGCCAUUGAGAUACCCCGCAAUCAGUGGCCGGAGCUCAUGACCACACUUGUCGAGAAUGUUGGCCAAGGCACAGACAGCCAAAAGCAAUCUUCGCUCACUACAAUUGGUUUUGUGUGUGAUACAGACGACGUGGAGCUGCGCGAUGCUCUGGCACACCACUCCAAUGCCAUCCUGACUGCCGUUGUCCAGGGUGCCCGCAAGGAGGAGACCAACAACGACGUCCGUGUAGCAGCCAUCAACGCCCUAAGCGACUCGAUCGAGUUUGUCCGCUCCAACUUUGACAAUGAGGGCGAGCGCAACUACAUCAUGCAGGUCAUCUGCGAGGCCACGCAGGCCGAAGACACGCGCAUUCAGCAAGGUUCAUACGGAUGCUUGAACCGCAUAAUGGGUCUCUACUACGACAAGAUGCGCUUCUACAUGGAGAAGGCGCUCUUUGGUCUGACAAUCCAGGGCAUGAAGAGCGACGAGGAGGAUGUCGCCAAGCUGGCAGUGGAAUUCUGGUGCACCGUCUGCGAGGAGGAAAUCGCCAUUGAAGACGACAACACACAAGCACAGGCAGAGGGCUCCACUGAGCUGCGAGAAUACUUCAACUUUGCCCGUGUCGCCACUCAGGAGGUUGUCCCAGUGCUGCUAGAGCUCAUGGCCAAGCAAGACGAAGAUGCCGACGACAAUGAGUACAACACAUCGCGUGCCGCAUACCAAUGUCUGCAGCUCUGGGCCCAGUGCGUCGGAAGCGGCGUCAUGCCUCCAGUGUUGGCUUUUAUCGAAAAGUACAUUCGCUCAGAAGAUUGGCAUUACAGGGAUGCGUCGGUUUCUGCCUUUGGCGCCAUUAUGGAGGGACCCGAGGAAUCGGUUCUCGAUCCCAUUGUGAAGCAGGCCCUUCCAACUCUGAUUGGAAUGAUGGACGACCAAAACAUCCACGUCAAGGACUCUGCUGCCUAUGCCCUAGGCCGCAUUUGCGAAGCUGUUCCAAGCGCACUCGACGCACAGCAGCACCUCCCACCACUCAUUGGCGCUCUCUUCAACGGGCUCGCCAGCAACCCCAAGAUGGCCGCAUCUUGCUGCUGGUCUCUGAUGAACCUUGCCGAUCGAUUCGCUGGAGAACCAGGAUGCCAAAGCAACCCUCUGUCGCCUCACUUUGCGCAGAGUGUCCAGAGCCUCUUGCAGGUCACGGAGCGAGCCGAUGCCGACAACACGCUGCGCACCGCUGCUUACGAAGUCCUCAACUCUUUUGUAAACAAUGCUGCUGGUGACAGUGUUCCACUUGUCAACGAGCUCUCAAACGUCAUUCUCGAACGUCUGGACAAGUCCAUGGCGCUCCAGGCUCAGGUUGUUAAUGUCGAGGACAAGCUAACUCUUGAAGAAAUGCAGACCAGUCUUUCCAGUGUCAUCAUGACCAUCAUUCAGCGACUCGAGGGUGACAUCAGGCCUCAGUCUGACCGUAUCAUGCAGGCCCUGCUGAGCUUGUUGGCAUCGCUUCCUCCCAAGUCGAGUGUUCCAGACACCGUCUUUGCCGCCAUUGGAUCCAUUGCCACCGCUCUCGAGGAGGACUUCCAAAAGUACAUGGAAGCAUUCUCGCCUUUCCUGUACAACGCCUUGAACAACCAGGAGGAACCAGCUCUCUGCUCCAUGGCCAUUGGUCUGGUUUCUGACAUUACUCGAUCCCUGGGAGAGCAGGUCCAGCCUUACUGUGAUGCAUUCAUGAACUCUCUUCUCAACAACCUCCGAAGCCCCGCCCUGGGAAACCAGCUCAAGCCCGCGAUCCUGCAGUGCUUUGGUGAUAUUGCACAUGCCAUCCACGGUGCCUUUGAGACAUACCUCCCCGUAGUUGCGCAGGUUCUUCAACAAGCCGGCCAAGUGACUAUCACGACCGAGGGCAACUAUGAGAUGAUUGAUUACAUCACCUCUCUUCGCGAGGGCAUCAUGGAUGCAUGGGAUGGAUGCAUUGUUGCAAUGAAGAGCAGCAACAAGACCCAGCUCAUUGUUCCUUACAUGGACUCAAUCUUUGAUCUUCUGCGAACCAUCCAACAGGACAGCAACCGCACCGAGGCCCUCCUCCGCUCUUCAUGCGGUGUUAUUGGUGACCUUGCCGAUGCAUUCCCUGCAGGCGAUUUCAGGGAGUACUUCCGUCACGACUUCCUCACUGCUUUGGCAAGGGAGACUCGCGCAAACGCUGACUUCAGCGGCCGUACCCGCGACACUGCUCGAUGGGCCCGUGAGCAGAUCAAGCGCCAAGUUGGCGGCAACCAAGGUGUCAUGGCCUGA